AUGAACCACAGUCGAUUAAAAUUGGUUCAGUGUGAAGCAUUCGGCAAAGAAAUUCACACCAUUCAAGCGAACGAAUCGCUGCUAACCAACAGUCGAAUCAAAGGUUUGGCUCCAUUCAUCGACCAGAACAAUAUCAUUCGAGUACGGGGCAGAUUACAGCGUUCAAAUUUUCCGUACGAUCAACGUCACCCUAUCAUCAUGCCGAAGAGUCAUCACUUCACUCGAUUGCUUAUCGAUCAUUCGCACGAAGUCACAUUGCAUGGAGGUGUGUCCCUCACGUUAGCACAUUUGCGUCAUCAAUAUUGGUUGGUCAGCGGCCGACAAACCGUUGCAUCUCGUCUACGGAAAUGUGUGACAUGUUUUCGAAGCAAACCUGAAGUAUCGAGUCAAUUGAUGGGAAAUUUGCCAUAUCAUCGAGUCAAUCCACCGACGAGACCGUUUGUAGCGACGGGUGUUGAUUACACCGGUGCCAUCGAACUGAAAUCAUCAAAGUAUCGCGGAAACACUACACACAAAGGAUACAUUGUGGUGUUCAUCUGCCUCGCGACGAAAGCAGUCCAUUUGGAAGCAGUGACAGGUAUGUCAACCGAACAUUUUCUUUGUGCAUUACAUCGAUUCAUCGGCCGCAGAGGUCUGUGCCAACACAUGUUCAGCGACAACGGCACCAAUUUCAUUGGGGCAGACAAUGCGCUUAAUGCCAAAUCAAUUGAAUCAGAUAUCGUACCAAAGCUCGCUGAAAGAGGCAUCCAAUGGCAUUUCAAUCCGCCUCAUUCACCCAAUUUCGGUGGCUUGUGGGAAGCCAACGUUAAGUCAACAAAGUACCACUUGGAGCGCAUCAUCGAAGGCACACGACUAACAUACGAAGAAUUGUCAACCGUAUUAGUACGUAUCGAAUCGUGUCUCAAUUCGAGACCAUUAUGCCCACUCACAUCUGACAUCGACGACUUGGAUGUGCUGACGCCCGGCCAUUUUUUGAUCGGGGAAUCGUUUUGA